GAAGAGAUUUGCUCAGCGUAUAUACACUAACAUGGAGGGAGAUGGUGUGUCGGCUUCUUUACCGGGGAGAUGUGGCUUUUACGUCGUGAAGAAAAGGCGUUAUUGUAAAAUGAUAGUGGGACGUGGGAAGGCGUUUUGUGGGGAACAUGCGAAUGUGGAGUACGAUGCUGAGAGGAUAAGAGUCCCGUGUCCCCUGGAUCCUAAGCAUACAGUGUAUCAGGACAAUUUGGAAAAACAUCUGAAGAAGUGUAACUCAAGGGAGAAACUAAAACCGGUAUAUUACAUUCAGGAUGUCAACGCUGGCCCACAGGAAGAUGAGGGUCUUCUAUUGGAUGAGGUACCGCUAGGAGAACGUUCCAAAGAAGAGCUGAACUUCCUGAUUCAAAAACUAAACAGUGCAGUCAGUGGGCUCAAUCUUGAACAUGAAGAGAGAAUUCUGUUCCAUCCAGCUCUCUGUGACGCUCUCAACGAUCCAAAAAAUGGCGAUUCUGCAUUCAAGCACCUAAAGCAACAGGCGUCUCUCCUGGGGAACAUGGACGCGUUGGGGCUGCUGGGACCCGAACGGUGCUUCAUUGAGUUCGGUGCAGGGAAAGGGAAACUGUCCCACUGGAUCCACGUGGCCCUGCAGGGUUCUCGCAGUGUCCAUUUCAUGCUGGUGGAGCGAUCCUGCACACGUUUCAAGGUAGACGGUAAACACAAAAAUGCAGACGUCACAUUUGACAGACUGCAAGUGGACAUUCAGCACCUCUGUCUGCGUAAAGUUCCUUUUCUACAAGAACAGAAAGUCCCAGUCGUCGGAGUUGGCAAGCAUCUGUGUGGGGCGGCGACAGAUCUGGCGCUGAGGUGUCUGCUGGAUAGUGUCGAGGACGAUGAGGAGAGUGGAGAGCCCCCCAGGAAGCGCGUGAAGCAGGAGGGGGGGGCUAAGCGUGACCCCGUGGCCGCAGGCGAGGUCUCCGGGCUGGCCAUCGCUCUCUGCUGCCACCACCGCUGCGACUGGAGGCACUACGUGGGGAAGGAGUUCUUCCGGGAGCGGGGGCUGGGCGCCCCCGAGUUCGCUGCCUUCCAGCGCAUGUCCAGCUGGGCCACAUGUGGCCUGAGAAAGGUGGCCGGCGUGGAGGGCCGACCUUCAGCGGGAGAGUGGGGGGCUGAGGAGCACGAUCAGGGGGAGGACGCCGUACCCAGCACCUUGAACGAGCUCGUGUCCGCAGAGGACCGCGAGCGAGUCGGGCGCCUCUGCAAGCUGCUGAUCGACUGCGGAAGGGUCCACUUCCUCCGUGGCAAAGGGUUCGCCUCCGACCUCCGCUACUACACCAGCAAAGAUGUCUCACUGGAGAAUGUACUCCUAACUGCAGUUCCAACCAGCAUCAGUAGUUGAAGAACCCAAAAAAAGACGGCUGAAAAGGAUU